AUGGACUGUAAGUCCGGAUGUCAUGCCAGCUUGUACAGCAGCGAUUUCGCUUACAACUUCGGAUAUAUCAUCCUGUUCAACUCCGAGUUCACUGACAACAGUAGAUUUGUAACGUACUCCACCGGUGCCGCCGACGGCCGCGUCCGUGUCGCUCAACUGGACGGCCUGAAGGUCCUCAACGAGUUCCAUGAACAUACAGACACUGUGUGGUGUCUCCAAUUCAACGCUAGUGGUGAUAAAUUAGUUUCAGUGUCCAAAGAUAAGUGUCCCGAUAGUAUGUUGCCCAAGAAGGCGAAAUGGCUGAUAUUAUGCCGAAACGUCAGGAAACUGUUGCUUGUGUCUGAUCGUCACCCCGAAGUGUAUGAGCAUUUUCGUAGCUACCCAUCCGUGGUGGCCAAUCGUCAGAGGCAGCUAUAUGAAGAAGGAACAUGCUUGAUACAUCCAUUCAGUCUCUUUUGCUUGAUAUGGAACAGCUGUAUGAUUUUUAUAAAUUUGACUCACAUAAUUUUAUCCAGUCUACGAUUGUGUUAUAUCCUGGAACCGCUGCCUUGUCAAUCUAAAAUACAAACAGCUGACAAAGUCCUUCUGUGCUUUCAUACAGCGUGCCUGUUUGAUAUAAUCGCUAAACUACAAACCGGAUAUCAUGAGGAACCUGGAUGUGAUGUACAAAUGUCCAGGAGCAAUGUUGCUUGGCGAUAUAUACGUCGCUGGUGUGUAGUGGAUUUGAUGUCAAGCUUGCCUAUUGCUUACAUUUUACUGCACCAACAAAUACGCAACUGUAGGUAUAUACUGAUGGCUCAUUGCAUGCCCCUUCUUAAAAUCCUCCGAAUUUGGACCAUUUUAGAUGACCUACGGACUUGUGUCAAAGUAUUUACGAGUUCCUACAUCUGGCAAGGAUCACUACGUCACAUGGUGAUAUUCUUACUAUCAGCACACUUGUGUAGCUGUCUCCUUUAUAUCUGUCCGGUCGUCUGUUAUUACUGGCAUGGUGUACUACCGCAAGGCUAUCUCACAUUUCUAAAAAUGAACAAUGCUAACCUGACCGAUAUCCCACUUAGUGUACGAUAUCAAAAAGGCAUUUUUAUAUAUUUUUCGGCAUUUUUUGGGACGGCUUUCUCCAUGUACCGCGUCUACGAAGCUGACGAGGUGAUUGUAAACUCUUUGAUAAUCCUUUAUGCUGCUUUGUAUACAGUAUAUGCUGGAGUGUUUCUUAUUAAAGUCUACUUUACCAAAUUCAACUCAACAAUACGCUAUCACGAACUAAUGAAUCAAGUAGAAGAGUAUAUGAGACACAAACAGUUUCCACCGUCACUGAAAAAACGAGUAAUCACAUUCUAUAACUACAACUUUCAAGAGAAAUAUUUCAAAGAAGACGCAGCUCUUGACUAUCUGUCAGAACAACUUCGCAACGAGGUUACCAUGAACACUUGUUACAAGCUGGUGAACAAGGCGGCGUUGUUUGACGGACUCUCUGCUACCGUGGUAGGGACAGUGCUGGGCUGUCUUCGGCCUGAGGUGUACCUACCAGACGACCUGGUGGUACGCGCUGGUGACAUCGGAGACUGCAUGUACUUCAUAGCGAACGGCACCGUUGCUGUCUACUCGUUGAAGGGCGUCGAGAUAUGUCAUUUGGAAGACGGAGCGCACUUCGGCGAGGUGGCACUUCUGAUGAAGGACAGCAAGAGGGUUGCGUCAGUGGUGGCCAUCGAGAUCACGCAGGUGUACAGACUAGACGCAGCCGACUUUCGACAUUAUGUCAUGACGAACCAAGAGUUACACGAACGUAUUGAAGUGUUAGCGUCCCAACGUAUGCAUGAGACGGUGCUACUCGAUGAAUCAUUCAAAAGCAAGACCAAACCGAAGCAAGAUAGUCCCCUAAAUGCAACUACACAAUAA